UCGCCAGCCCUAGAAAAGAAACUGAGGGACUAGAUAAACUUUAUAAUGCAUCGGAAGAAAGUGGUAGGAAUAAUAUUACUUUUGACAGGAAUCACUCUGAUAGUCCUCGGCCUUGUCAUUGGAUUUGUAGCACCAAAUAUGGUGCUGAAGAAAGUUCAGGAAUCGAUAUGUGUCAACAGCAAGGAUAGUCCGGGCUAUAAAAGAUUGGGGAAUCCGAGUCACUUUCUAACAAAAGUUUACUACUGGAAUAUCACAAACAAAAUGGGAUUUUUUUAUCGAGGAGAGAAACCGCAGCUCAGCGAAAAGGGUCCUUAUGUUUACAGUAUGACAUCGAAGGAAAUUGACGUGAAGUUUGGCAAAGGAACAAUUACAAGCAAGUCAUUUCAACGAGCCAAAUUUAAUAGAACACUUACAGAGAAAGAAUGUCCAACAUGCCGAGAAAGCGAUGAGCUAACGAUCUUGAAUGUAGGUUACCUUGGUAUAAUGCAAAGAGUUGGAUCUGCAUGGGAAUUCAGCUUCGCUUUCAUUCCGAUGAUAAUGAACAUCCUGUUCCUAAAACUCAGUGCAACGACAAAACUAAACAAGACCUCUAUUCUGCUUGAAAUGGGAAAAACACACAAUCAGCUGCCUCUGAACUCAUCAUGUUAUCCAGCGUUUGGUUCUUGGCUCAAUUCGGUUCCUAAAUUUUUCCCACUGCGGAAAAAUUACACGCUUAAGGAGAUGAACGGUUUAUACGGUGCAUUGAUGGAUCCUUCCAAAUUUGGACCAUUUGAUAAUCCAAAGCUUCUGAAAAGAUGCCGAAGUGGAAACAUAACUGAAGAUUGCGGUCUUGCAUUGAACUUACUAGCCUUACAGAAAGGUGAAGGGGAAAAACUUGCUGCGAUUAGGUCCGUAAGAAAAAUACUGUGCCCAAACAAGAUAACAUCUUGUUUUCCUGUUCCAUGUAUUUUUUGCCCAAGUUUCUUUAUUAUAUUAAGAGCUGUGGGCGAAUUCAUAAUAGAGUUGUCCAAGUAUGUGCUUUGGUAUCUCGAUGAUAAUAACUACGGGCUCACAACAACUCGAAGCCAGGAUGAAUUAUCUCAUGGUUACGUGAUAAAACUGCCGUUACCGGGUCAUCCAUUAGGGAUACAUGUACCAGGCCCAAUCAACUUGGAUACCAGCGAAAAAGAAGUGAUCAAAGCGGGAGGGAACUCGACCCUGUACACGUGUGAGUCAGACGAGCCAUUCAGUUAUGCAGCAAUUAAUGGUAAGAGUCGAGUCAACAAGGAUUUCUACCCAAAUGCAUCUUCCGAUCAGCUGAGGGUUCGAGGCUAUGGGUAUCAAUAUCCAGGUGUCAAACACUUGAAAGCUUGCUCCGCGAUAUACACUCCAGCGGCUAAGAAAUACGAGCUUUUCGUAUCAACAUUUCGCAUGGCUGUUCCCAUUACUUACAAAAGAGAUGUCAAAAUAGAUGACAUUCCGAUGCACAGAUAUGUGAUAAGUGAGUCUGCAGUUGAGGUAAAUAAUAUGACCGUGUUUACCAAAGGUGUUUUUGAUGUCAGCCGAGUAUUGAAAGCUCCCAUCUACACCAGCCUUCCAGGAUUCCUUUACGGCGAAGAUUCCUUGUAUGGGGACUUAGGUCUUCCCGUUCCCAACGAACAAAAAUAUGGAUCUUAUCUUAGUAUUGAACCAAUAUCCGGAACAGCAAUGCAGCUUAAGAUUCGCUACCAGCUGAACGGAAAAAUCAUCGCUAAUUCGUCACUGUCCCCAUAUUACCCAGAAACUAAAAAUGUGAGUUAUGAAGAUAAGAUGAUACCAAUCUUGUGGACGGAAAAAGAAGCAAGUAUUGAUGCAAUGACUUCGAAGGAGUUCCGUUCAAAGGUAUUGGGAAGCCUGCAACUCUUUUGUGGUUUUUUCGUGGCCUUGCCUGUGAUUGGCGGCAUCUUUGUCAUAAUAGGCGUAGUUUUCAUCGUUCUGGCUGUCAAGAAGACUAAGUAUGAAAGACUAGUCUGAGGGAUCGGUAAAGAUUAUAACUGAAGUUCGGGAAAUCAAUUAUUCACUAUUCACAUUUGCCUGUCCGAUCCAAAUGUAAGGUGAUCAAUUCUGUUUGUAAGUCUUCCGUUUGUUAUACACCUCCAUUGAUUUCAUGUCCCCGUCCUUCGAACUGUUGCUUUUACAAAAUUGAAAUUGCUCAACUGAAACAGAAACAUGUCAAAUAAAACAAAAAUUUCGUUUGAUUUUUUCAUCCAUCAUUCGCCAGACCCUACUCAGCAAGCCUUCAAUACGUCUCUUUGAUGAGAUUUUGCUGGUUCGUGCUGAAACAUGUUUAUCGUGAUAAUUGAGAGAUUAGAAAUUUUAUGUAAUUUAAUUUGUUAUUAAUGUUCAACUAGGAGUCAUGUAGCGUGAGAUCACUGAUGUAAUGUAAAAGUAUCUCUCGGCAAGUGCCUUGAUCCUGUGGGUGAAAAAAUCCCUUUUACUUACACUCAGGAUAAAAUAACAUAAAAUUUCGUGUCUUAAUAAUCUUAUAACAAUAAUACUGAUUUUCUUUUGUAAAUUUGUUGCUUGUCAUCGAGGACGAACCUUCAAUAAACUCGUCAAAGCUCAGAAUAUAAUGCAAAGUGUAUUAAAAACCACGGGAAAUUCUCUUGAACUGAUUACA